AUGAGUAAAUUCUUUUAGGAGGAAUCCAAUUCUGAAGGGGAAGAUGAGGCUCCAAAAGGAGGACCUGAAGUAGAUGCAGGAAUAUAAUCAUUAGCAACAAGAACCAGAAUCAUUUAAGGACUAAUAGAUUCAGAUGAUGAUUAGGGGCAGAGAGUGAUUGUCACAGAAAAGGAAAAGAGAUAUGCGAGAUUGAGAGAAAUCAUUAAAGAUAUUAAGAUUAAAAUUAAAAAUUAAGAUUUCGUUACAUUAUUGGAUAAAUUUGAAGAAUUAAACAAAGAAGUUGAAAAGAGCACCAAAGUAUUUGAAAAAGAGGGUGGAUUACCCAGAUUUUAUAUCAGAAUAAUGUGCUAAAUCGAAGUGUUGGUUCUCUAAUUUACAGCUGAAUAAAAAAAGAAAUUGGGAGUCAAUAAUAGCAAAGCAUACAACACAUUAAAACAAAGAAUCAAGAAGUAUAACUUGACAAUCAAAGAUAAAAUAGACGAAUUUAUCAACAAUCCUGUUACAACUGAUCAGAGUGAUGAUGAGAGGAAGAAGAAAGUCAGGGCAGAGAAAAAAGCAGCUGGAUCCGAUUCUGAGCCAGAAGCACAGUAGAAAGAAGAAUCUUCAGAUUCAGAAGAUGAUGAUAAAUAUUUGCUUUAAUCAAAUGAUCCAAUGGUCAGAAGAAGAUAUUGGUUAAAAAAGAAAUUACCAGAUAAGAAGGACCAAAAGAAUGAGGAGAUUUAACAAGAGAAAGUCAACAAGAAGGUCAUUGCAGACAUUAUCGAUUACGAUGUCAAAUUUGAUAUUGCCUAAAAUAAAGAAAUUCAUAUUGAUUAUGAUGCCGAUUCAGUGAAGAAGAAGUUGGAGCAAAUUGUCUCAUCCAGAGGAGUCCAAAAGAAUCAAGUGGAGAAUCUUUACGUUUGCGAAAAGUAUAUCCAACAUUUCAUCAAAGAGAAUCUCCAAAGAGCUGUUGAAAUAUUGCUCAUCACAAUUUCUUUAUAGAUUGAUCAAGCAAAAUCAGAAGCACCCUUAUAUUUCAAUAGAUAAUCAUGGUUGUAAAUCUAUUAAAAUACAUUCAUCUUAUUCUCACUUCAUCAAGACAAGGGAGUCAAAGUUGAAAAGCUACACACUUACAGCAAAUAUGACUAGGAGAACUCCUUCUCUGAAUUCAGAUUCAUUAGUACUCUUUUAGUCAAUUUCUAAACACUUGAAGUUGAAUUAAAUAAAGCCUUUUAAAACAUUGACUAUUACACCUAGGAAUAUGCUGAAAGACUCAGUGAUCUAUAUCAAUUGACACAUCUCUCCCAAAAACUCUUGGAAUUACUCAAAAUCAAGAACGACACUGCCAAUGUUGCUUUGAUGAGUUUCAAACAAUUAGAAGCCAUCUACUACAUUGGACCUGCUGUGAUCCAAAAGUUGUUGGAAUUAUAAACUAAUAAGUAGGCUGCAACACCACUAUAAAUCUUUGGAAAUGGAGACAUUUCAUCCAAGAUCUAAUCUCUCGUCGAGAAUAUCCUCAAAUAUGGAGAUAAGGAAACUAUUGUCAAAGCAACACUGUAUUGGGUCUACAAUUUAGCAUUGAAUGGAAAAUAUGAGUAAGCUCAUGAAAUAUUCAUAUCAAAUAUCUCAUACGAAUAAGUAUCAUAAAUGAAGACAUUGAUCCAAUUAUAUUAUAAUAGAGCUCUGGUCUAAUUGGGAUUCGGAGCAUUUAGAUAAGGUUUGAUCAAUGAGACUCAUAUACACUUGGCUGAUUUGUUGAGCAGAGACAAGGUUCUCAAGGAUUUGCUCUCCCAGAAUUAUAUGAAAUAAGUGGAAGGAGAGUAUAGAUACACAGUUCCAUAUCAUAUGUCAAUUAAUGUUGAGACUAUUGAGUUUGUUUAUUUUUUGGCUGCUAUGUUACUUGAAGUUCCAAACAUUAAUUAAGAUCUCUUUGAAGAUUCACACAAAAUCAUAAGUCGUAAAUUUAGAUAACUUUGUUAAUAUUACGAUUCAUAAACUUUCAAUCCAUAACCUGAAAAUAUGAGAGACUUGAUUUAUGCUGCCUCCAAAGAAUUGGCCAAAGGAAAUUGGACUAAAUGUUGGGAUCUCUUGAAAUAAAUCCAACUUUGGACAAGAAUACCUUCGUAUGAAUAAGUCUAAUAACAAAUUAAAGUAAGGGUCUAGGAGCAAGCUUUGAAGUGCUAUUUAUACACUUUUAAGAAUGCCUUUUCUAAUAUUUCAGUUGAUCACCUUAGAGAAAGAUUUUAGUUGUCAGAAUAAGUCACUAAAACAAUCAUUUAUAAGAUGAUUUAUUAUGGAGAGAUUAAAGCCAUCAUUGAUAACUAAGAUUAAUCAUUCUUGAUUUUUGUAAAUGAUGACAUUUCAAAUCAGACUAAGAGAUUAGCAAGUGUUAUAAUCGAAAAAUUAAAUUAACAAUGUAAAAACAAUGAAAAAUUAAUGGAUUCGAAAAUUGGAAGUUUUGGUAUCGUUGUCGAUAAGGAAAGUGUAGAUUAGGUAAAUAAGUAAAAGAAAAAAAAUGUUACUAAAAACAAAAAACCUCCAAAUGCAACAACAAAAAGAAAAUGAUAAUUAUAUUACAUUAAAUAAUUUGAAGUAUAGUAUAGGAUA